AUGCUUAGCGCUGAAUGUAAAACUACUCCGAUUGAAGCGUUUACUAGGUCAUUUCGCUCUGAAGACAAUGUUUUACAGUACAUUUCAGAACACUUCCACGUUUUUGUUGGUGAUCUCAGUCCGGAAGUUGACAAUAAAGCGUUAAAGGAAGCUUUUGCUAUCCACGGUGAAGUCAGUGAGGCGAAGGUCAUACGCGAUUCUCAAACACAAAAAUCGAAAGGAUACGGGUUUGUCUCCUAUCCGUCUAAAGAAAACGCCGAAAAAGCCAUAACUUCAAUGAACGGUUAUCGGCUGGGACGGCGGGCUAUACGCACCAAUUGGGCCACCCGCAGGUCGGCGGAUGAGGCAAGGGAAAAGCUAACUUUUGAACAGGUCCAUUCACAUUAA